CGUAGCCACGUGCGGACGUAAUAUACGCCGCCAUGUUGUUUAUAAAUAAAUACACCAAUGAAAUAAAUAAAAUGAACGAAAGAUUAAAAAAAUGAAUAAAUGACAACACAUUAUGAACUGAGGGUGUUGUUGAAUGUUUAAUUAAGUAGUUGUGACUUGUGAAGUGAAUUUUCGGCGAUUCGACGACAUGAAUGAAAUUCAUUCAUUAUACAAGCAACCUAAUAAGAAAAUGUAAGAAACUAAAGUGUAAGUCAAAAGUGAUGUUGAAAGUGAAGUGUGAGUGCAGAAAGUGAAUAUGGGGAGAAGGAACCUUAGUAUGAUGCGGGUGGGGAGGUGUGUGGCCUUUCUGGUGGCUGCAGCCUUCCUCCUACCCUUCACCAUCCUGCUCAUGGUGGCAGACCAGCAAUACAACUUCACUUACAGUACAAAACGAGUGUUCUACCAAGAGAGCGACUUCUAUAAAAUAAACGGCACAUUUUAUGCGCCCGCAUAUGCAACAACUCCCGUUGUUCGGACGCAGUACAUCUUUGAGAACGGUACGGAGGAGGGUCUUCUCCCCCGUGACAAGUUCCUGGAGGUGGGAAGUCGGAUGGACGCGCGGAGGGAGUUCCUCCGAAGCCAGUGCUCCCGGCUAAGCCUGGACGACUACAGCCACAAGGCCUACGCGUGGGAGUACCUUAUUAACCGCCAGUACCAUGUGAUAUGGUGCAACAUCUUCAAAGCGGCCUCCACUUCCUGGAUGUACAACUUCAACCUGAUGGCGAACUACUCAGCCGCUUUCCUCGACAAAACCAAGGAGGUUCCUCUGGAGUUGGCGCGGAAGAAAUACGCGCGACCAACCGUGGAGAUGAUCAGAAAGGCCCAGGCAGACUCCAUCACGUUCCUCAUAGUGAGGCACCCAUUGGAGAGGCUGGCCUCGGCGUACAAUGAUAAGAUAGUCCACGCCUGGCCCAAGUCCUUUCACGACAAAAUGGGACAAAGAAUCAUUAGGAAAUAUCGGAAGGCGACCAGCAAGCCCGCUCUAACAGAGCGUUACCCUGUCUUCGAGGAGUUCGUAGCGUAUGUGCUGGACGAGGCGCGGGCGAGACGCACCCUGGACAUGCACUGGACACCGUACACAGACUUCUGUACACCUUGCAAGUUCAACUUCGACGUUAUACUCAAGUUUGAGACCUUGGAUGAGGACCAGCGGUUUCUCAUCCAGCUGGCCCACCUCCAGGAUAUCGUGAAGCCGGAGUGGCGGAACAGCGGCAAGGGCACCAACACGCUGCACAUCAUCAACCACCUGUACUCCCGCCUCAAGAAGUCGCAACUCGACGGCUUGUAUACGCUGUACAAAAACGACUUCCAACUCUUCAACUAUUCGAUCGACAACUACUACGAAAUAGUGCAAGACGACGAAACCAGCAAGGGUUGAAGACGCCUAGCAACACUUCGUGUCACAUCACUCACUAGGGCGGGAAAUGUCGAGUGUGCCGGCUUACAUCGUUAAUUAUAGGGAUGUCUGACGUCAAUCCCAUGUCGAUGAAGACCAACGCUAUCAUUCGUCAAGCCAUUUCAUUAUGGUAAGAGUAUACGUCAUUUGUUAUACACAUUUAAUGUGUUUUAAAUUAAAAAAAGAUCAGCAUUUAAGUAACUUCUUAUUCACUGGAAGAUACAUAUUUACAUGGUAAGUUGACUUACAUUUUCUAGUCAUUGGCAUUAUUAACUAUGCCAAUAUUAUUACUAGCGAGAUUUAACGUCAUUGUCAGUAGUAAAAUACUAUUAAUCACCCAUUAAUAAAAUGGCCACACGCAAACCAACACAAAGUGGCGUCCAUACUCCAUAGUCAAAUAUAAUUGGUAUAGUUUAGGAACUAAAAGUAAGGAAAAGAUGGUCAUAUUAGUCUUGUGACGUUAAACUUAAAACUACUGAUACGUUAAAAUUGGGGAACUAAAGCUUUUCUAAGAAUUCAUUAUGAAUGCAUAUUAGUGCUCGACAAGGCUUUAAAUGAACGUAGCGAAAAAAGGAACUAAUGGCUAAGG